AUGAAGAUGCUGUACGGGGGCUCAUCUUCUCGCCUCGUCGACGUGCAGAAGUGCAUGCAGAUUCAUGGCGCCGGGGACCCAUUCUCUUCCCUAGUGUUGUCGUACAAUCUGCAAGAUGUGGUGAGGUGCUUCCCGACACUUUUCUCUGCCAGCGUUAACCCAACCGACAUUGCCCUCGUGGAGAAGCUGGCGGACAUCAUCACCGUCGAGAGGCUGCUGGAAAGUUCUGGCGAACCUGCGGCCUGGCGCGACUGGGAGAAGAAAUUGCGGGACGCCAUGGCUGGCCGACUUGGUGCUGUGAUGGCCAUCCGAGAUUGCUUGCCCGAGUCGUUGGCUGCGGUUGGACUUGGGAGCAGGCCGAGCCCCAUGUUUCGUCACAUCGCAGACUGGUGCUCGAACAAUCGCAUCAGCAUCGCCCGCGGAUCGUGCAGCGAGGCGCAGCGAUGCCUCACUGAGAUCUGCGACUUCUACACCCGCGAUCACUUGUACCUGAUGGUAGAGGCCGCGGAGCUUUUCGCUAAGCCAGUGGAGCAUUGGCAAGACCAGGUGAACUGCUUACACGGUCUUAGGAAGAGCCACGCCAGCGAAAAGACCAAUGUCAACAGAUUCGGGGACUCCGAGUGGUCCGUAAGCUACACGUGGGAGGUUGGUCAAGACGUGAAGUUUCGGGAGGAUAAGACGACCGUCUUCCUUUUCCAGAUGCCGGACGUGCGUGGAGCUAUUGAACAACUAGAUCUGGACAGUAGGACAAUUUCCAUCAAAUUUCAGAACAACAAGUUCAAUGCAGGCCGUUCCGCUGCGAACCUUGAGCAUGUAUCCAUCGCAGAGUGCAGCUUCAUCUCAGCGCCUGGAGGCCGGAACAUGUUUUCUAAGAAUUUGGUCAACAAAAUUCAGGAAUUGGCUUCGAACCCUCCGACGUGUGCGCGUCGUUUUCUUGCCAGGGAGUGCCCGAGCGUGCUUUCGACCAGCAAGUUCAAGUUCUCCUCAGUGGACUGCUGCGAGCAGAGGUUAGUCAAGAUGAAGGGGGCCAUCCUGCAGAUGGGCGACAGUGUAUUGGUGAUCCAGGGCCCACCAGGUACUGGGAAGACGCGCUCCGCAGGGAAAGUUAUCGAGCAUCUCCAGAAGAAGGGAAAGACAGUCCUGGUGUCGUCAAACAGCCACGCGGCCAUCGUGAAUCUGCUGAAUAGCGUGGACAUGCCCGUGUACAAGGUGAACGGCCCAAGUGAGAAGAUGGACGAAUGGGGCCAGCAUCUCAAGGCUGUGAACGCCGAGGACGUUGACCCCAGAAGACAUAAGGUUGUCGGCAGCACCGUCCACGGUGCCGCAAAGUUCCAGACCAGUGCUUUCGACUACCUGGUCGUGGACGAGGCCGGCCAGGUGGGCAUCGCGAACCUCUUCGCGCUGACGGGGGCUGCUAGAAACAUAGUGCUCGCUGGGGACCAGAUGCAGCUCAAGCAACCGCUCCUGGAUGGCGUGCACACCGGCGAGUGUGGCAAGAGUUGCCUUGAGUUCUUCAUCGGGGAUGCUGUCGCCGUGGUCGAGCCGAACCGCGGUUUCUUCUUGCCGGAGACCUACCGCAUGAGCUUUCCUCUGACCGAUUUCGUAGGCCGCCAUUUCUAUCAAGGCCAGCUGCAGUCGCACCAUACUGCACGCGACAAUCGAGUCAUCCGCGACGAUGGCUCUUCCGCCUCUGGCAUCAGGUGCUUGCGCCAGUGCCACGUCGGCAACAUGCAGACUUCGGUCGAGGAGAUCGAUGCAGCCACGCAGCUCUGCACCGCACUAAUCUCGCACCACUUCGUGGAGAUCACGGGUGAGAAGCGGAGGCCCAUCACGGCAGCGGACGUUCUCGUCAUCAGCCCCUACAACGCGCACGUUUCCCGCUUGAAGCAGCGCUUUGCCAAAGAGGGCGGGCACCUGGCGCAGAUCCGCACCGGCACCGUCGACCUCUUCCAAGGCCAGCAGGCGUGCGUUGUCGUUCUCUCGAUGGGGUCCAGCAGCGGUGCUGGUGGCCGCCUAGACUUCCUGUUGGACCCGAACCGCAUGAACGUGGCACUUUCUCGUGCCCAGGCCUUGACAAUCGUGAUCGCCAGUGAGGAGCUGCUGAAGAUCUCCACGAGCGCAGCGAGUCAGAUGGUGAAUCUCAACAGGCUGGAGGAGAUCAUGGAUAUGCCUUGGUGA